AUGUCGGAGACCGCUCCCGCCGCCGCUCCCGCCGUCGCGGCCCCCGCCGCCAAGGCCGCCGCCAAGAAGCCGAAGAAGGCGGCGAGCGGCUCCAAGGCCCGCAAGCCCGCGGGGCCCAGCGUCACCGAGCUGAUCACCAAGGCCGUGUCCGCCUCCAAGGAGCGCAAGGGGCUCUCGCUCGCCGCGCUCAAGAAGGCGCUGGCCGCCGGCGGCUACGAUGUGGAGAAGAACAACAGCCGCAUCAAGCUGGGGCUCAAGAGCCUCGUCAGCAAGGGCACCCUGGUGCAGACCAAGGGCACCGGCGCCUCCGGCUCCUUCCGCCUCAGCAAGAAACCCGGGGAAGUGAAGGAGAAAGCCCCCAAGAAGAGAGCAGCUGCGGCCAAGCCCAAGAAGCCGGCGGCCAAGAAGCCCGCCAGCGCCGCCAAGAAGCCCAAGAAGGCGGCGGCGGUGAAGAAGAGCCCUAAGAAAGCCAAGAAGCCGGCGGCUGCAGCGGCCAAGAAAGCAGCGAAGAGCCCCAAGAAAGCGACAAAGGCUGCUAAGCCCAAAAAAGCGGCGGCAGCAGCCAAGAGCCCGGCUAAGGCGAAAGCGGUGAAGCCCAAAGCGGCCAAGCCCAAGGCGGCCAAGCCGAAAGCAGCCAAGGCCAAGAAGGCAGCGCCGAAGAAAUGAAGUGUUGAAGUGGAAAUACUUUUAAACCCAACGGCUCUUUUAAGAGCCACCCACUAUUGUCCCCAAAAGGGCUGAUACACUCCAUCACUGAGUUCCGUGCCUGCAGCAGAGCCAACUAUUCGCCACUAUCCGUGUGGGACGUUCGUCUGUGGAGUGGAUGGGACGCUAAACUUACGGACUGGUUUUACACUAAGACUUGGAAAAAUAAAAGUUUACAUUCCCGGCGAAAA